ACAGCUGAUUGCAGAAAUUGACGAAGGUGAAAAAUCGUAUCAAUUAGAAGGUUACUGAAAAGUAUGUAAAAAGGGUUAAAUAAUAACUGUGUCAUUGUCUGAGUGACAUUCAACUUAGAGAGAUUUAGAGAGAUUUAAAUAAUAAAAAGAAAUACGGACGACGAGAGCUGUAUUUUCAAAUGUAACAGAUGUUUGUUGUAAGAAAUGUCACAAAUUGAUAUCCAGGAUUUAUUUAACAAAACCAGGUUUCCCAGUGGUUUGCGACUUCUAACUGUAAUUUUAUAUUCGCCGUUUGGAGUUCUGCUUGUGUUAUUGCGACUAUUGAUAACGUUACAACUUUGGCUCUUGGCAUCUCUGUUGCCUGAUUGUAAUCCUCUGCGAAAAUACUUAAGUUACGGCAUUAGAAUUGUCUUUGGCAUUAUAAUUAAAAUUGAUACUGAGGGCGAACUCAGAGACAAAAAGUCAAGAAUAAUAAUUGCUAAUAAUGUAUCCGUUCUUGAUCACUUUGCUCUUCGUCAAACAACAGAGACGCUAACUCCCAGUGUAUGGGAAUUACCUGCUGCCCUGAGUAAUGCCCUAGGAUUACAAAAAAUGGAUAUGAGUAGUAAAGAAGUGUUAAUUGACAACAUAAAGCACUUUCUCUGCACGUCUACAUAUAGCGUCGCUAUCCAACCUGAGUUUGGCACAACCAAUAGCCGAGUCGCUCUACUGAAGUUCAAUUCUUGGCCGUUUAGCAUAGAAUCGUGUGUCCAGCCAGUUGCUAUCAAAGCAUCAAGACCAGAAUUUGUGUCUGUACAUAUUACAUCAUUGGCUUCAACAUGGUGGAUAGAAGUAUUCUGGUUUAUGUUCGUCCCUUAUACAGUUUUUACACUCAAGUACCUGAAAAUCAAGCAAAAUCCUGAUCACGACAUUCUUGUGCGAGAAGUGGAAAAAGAUAUUGCAGAUGCUUUGGGAAUUCAAACAAGUUCUCAUACUGUGUCAGAUAAAACGGAAUAUGAAAAGCGCUAUCGUAUGGAGAGAAUACUCAGUAACACACGUUCUACUAGAAAUGCGCCAAACUCACAAGUUAGCCAUAGCAUAGAAAUACAAAGGAUGGUUCGUCAAGUCAGCGAAGUACUUCCAAUGGUCCCACAUAGUGUGAUUCUCCGAGAUCUUUUGAAAACUCGAAACAUUGAUGUUACAAUCGCCAACAUUCUUGAUGGCAUAGUUACUUAUACUCCAGAUCCAAAUCCAUCAGCCCAUUCGUCUGUAACGUCCAGUGCAUCCUCGAGUUCCACAAAGGAUAAGAUUCUGGGAACUUCAUCCUUCCAAGAGAAGAAAAUUAAGAUGAUACAAGAAGCCAGAGAAAGGUAUAUUAAAAAACAUGGACUGACAAAUUGCUGACAUUCUUACUGCUGUUUUAUUCUGGUUAUAACACUGUCAUUGACAACAUGUAUCCAACAUGUUUUAUUGUAUAUGUAUUAUACAUACUAUUAUCAUGUGAAUAUAUAUCUUUAUUUCUAAAAUAUGAUCAUAUAAAUUAUACGCAAAAAUACCUAUCCAUUAAAAUCAUAAAUAGUGCUUUGCAAAUUUUCUCUCUAAAUAUAAUAUGUAAUAUAUAUAUAUGUAAACUAUCAGUGUUAUCAACAAUAAUAACGGAACUAUGCACUUGAGCAGGAGGGGAUCAAGUCUCCUAUAUCAAAUUAUCAAUUAUUUCAUUAUAGAUAAAUCGAAUGUCACAGGCAUACUUUUAACUUUUUCUUAACUGUAUAUAUUUUUGACUGUAUAUAGACAAAAAUAAGAGUAUAAUAUUUGUUUUAUC